AGGAAAUGGAAGAAGGCUUCGUCAGAUGUGAAGCCAGAUGGCGAUGACGCUCUUCUUGAAGAUGCAGUAGUACAGAAUGGAGGUUCUGAGGCACGAUCCGCUCAAAUAUCUCCUAAUUCUGCUCUCACAUGUGAAAUGUGCCAGAAUUACGAAGUUAAUCUAACCAUGAUUCAGGAAAGACGAAAGAGAAGCGCGGGAGGAAGACUCUCGGGCAUGCUAAGUCCUAGCCGAAUCGGUAUGAAGUUGAACUGGAGCAACGCGAAAGGGAAGUACAGGUUGAGAUGUGCGCGUCUUCCGCUAAAUGUAAAAAUUGCAAGAGAACGGGUAAACGAACUUGUUGAAAAACACAAGGCAGGAAUAGAAAAGUGUUCGGAGCAGAUACAAGAUGUCACUCACGUUUGUUCUGGAUUCGAAUCUGACAUGAAGCAAAUCGCAUCCAAAUACCAGGAACUGCUCGGUACAAACAGGACCACAGCUGCAGAGAUGAGGGCAGAACCAAUAGAUCUCCCGCAGAGCGCAGACCAAUUGCAGUUCCUUUGUUUGCAGAUGAGGGAGGAAUUAAUAGAAUUGAAGUCCGCACGGCAACAUGAGCAAAACGACAUGCGAGACGAAAUAGCUUUAUUGAAAGAACAACUCGAUGAAGAGCGGAAUGCCAAAGCUGCUUUGGAACGAGACCUCCUCGCCCAAGUGAAUCAUCUCCAGACACAAUUAGGGAUUGCAGCUAGUAAACUUUCUUCUGCUGAUGCUGUAGUUCUGUCUAAUGAAUCUCAUUCACGACAAAUCAGGGAUCUUCAGAAUACUGUGGCUGAACUAGAGGCACAAGUGAAGCAGGUCCAAAGUGAGCGUGCUGCCGUAGAGCUGACAGCCCAGAACUAUAAAGCUCGUUGUUCCUCCUUACAAAGUGAACUAGAUACCUCUGAAGCCGUCCAGAAGGACUUUGUACAGUUAUCACAAAGUUUGCAAAUUCAACUUGAGAAGAUUAGACAGUCAGAACAAGAAGUUCGGUGGCAAUGGGAAGAAGAUGUGGAAAAUUGUUCAGGUUGUGGUACAUCCGUGCUGAAAGUCAAGCCUCGACCUAGGUGUCUGCACUGUUGUAAAAUCUUCUGUUCAACCUGUGUUCAACAUACGGUUCCAAGCGGGCCAAAUCGAAGGCCCGCAAAUGUAUGCCAAGUUUGUCAUACGCUGCUUAAUAGAGAUUCAAAGCCGUUCUUUGCCGUGGAUCCGACGAAUUGA